UGUGGGAAGCUCACACGAUGCAAAGAAAAGACGCGUGAAACGAGCAUCGAGGCAGGAGACUUAGGUUUUACGGCCUUUCCUCUUGUGGUAUAAUUAGUCACAGAGCCCCGUGACAACAAAACUACACACCGUCACCAUCGGAAUUAGCACAUUCUGUCGCGCUUUUAGACACUGCCGACUUCAAACGCCCAGGACUCAAUUAGCUUAGCCCCACGAGAAUGACUGUUUGCAAGGUGCGGACGGCGUUUGCCGCUUUGGUUGUCCUCGUGGCCGCAUCGAUCCCGCCUGACGUGGCGGCAUGGAGAGUGAGCUGCGCGGCGGGCGCCAACAAGACUCCCGGCAAACUCAUCAGCGAGCUGCAAACAAGUCUCGAGAAGGAGAAAGUGCCCGCCUGGACGUUCGGCCGACGCCAAGCCGACGGGUUCCUCCAGAUACGCGUGUUCAGGACGACGGACGCGAUAAACGUGAAAUUCGAUUUACGGAUGGAGAGCGUCUACAUGCCGAUCACGCGCACCAUUAAUUUCGGGCCUAGGGGCUCGUUAGGCCCCGCGCUCGUCAGCAUCCCGGGCAUCCCCAGCCUCAAGAACUGGCGCGACAGCGGCCCGAAGAUCGUUUCGACCGGGUGGAUCAUGAACGCGCAUCGCACGCCGUCGCUCAACGACGCGAACGUGACUGUAGCGGAGGUGAUUGAGAAGAUGGAUGCGAACCCGGGCGCGUACUACGCGUCGAUCACGACGCCGAUCAACGCACUGGGGAUCAUUCGCGGGCAGUUCAGAAGAGAUUUCUUCCUCUCGUGCCGAAACUUUUGAGCGGGCCUACACGCGAUGGCGGCUGCCUGAAAGUCUUCAGGUCUUCACUGAAGCUGUACUGUACUUUCGAAAAUAACUAUACUGUGAGACUAGCUUACCAGAGAUGACAAUAAUGCUCAUCGCGAAUAGAUAUGUCAGAUGCAGCGGGAUCGGAGAAACUAGAAGGCAGUCUCGUCGCUAGGAGAGGGCUUGGCUUCGCAAAUUUAGUGCUCAACGAUUCUUGCAGUAGACCCACUGCGAAUCAUGUGAUUAAUGUUUAAGCAAAACCGAGUUAACCCAAGAUGAUCACUGCUAUAUUAACUGUCAUAAAUGGCACAAACUUAC